UUCCAUAUUUAGUUUGAAAACCAUUGUUACGGGUUUGUUGUUGUUGUUGUUGUUGUGAGAGCAUGUUAACCAGGCUGCCUUUCCAAGAAGUCACUCUAAACUUCUCAUCAUCGACCUUCAAGGAUUAUUAGUCUGAGAGCUCCACGGCGACAUCCUCUACAUCAUGGGCUGCAGCAGGGUGGUGUGGGUGGUGGUGGGGGCGGCUGUCCUCAUCAUGCUAAUAACCAUCCCGGCAAUUUAUUUAAGCAAAUCUGAUGCCAAACGGCCUUUCACCCUUGAUGAUUACUUCAACGACACCAUUAGGUGGAGAUCUUACAAUUUGUAUUGGAUAUCAGACAAGGAAUAUCUGCAUAAAACAAGAGAUGGGAAUAUUUUCCUCCACAAUGCUGAAACGAACGAGGAGUCACUCUAUUUGAGCAAUUCAACAUUUGCUCAAGUGGACGCCACAGAUUACUUGUUGUCAGGUGAUCAGAAGUACAUUGCUUUUGAGAGCAAUUUCACAAAGAAAUGGAGACAUUCAUUCACAGCCUCUUACUCCAUCUAUGACAGGGAGAGUUCAACAUUUGUUCUGCCUGCAAAUCUUCCUACUGAUGUGCAGUACUUUAGCUGGGCCUUAACAGGAAGCAAAUAUGCUUACGUCUCAGGCUACAACGUGUUCUUCAAAUCUGACGUCACUGCUGAAGCUGUGCAAGUGACCCACAACGGGAAGAAGAAUGAGAUCCUUAACGGUGUCCCUGACUGGGUAUAUGAGGAGGAAGUGUUUGCAUCAAACGGGGCAAUAUGGUGGUCAACAACUGGAAAAUUCUUGGCUUAUGCAGAGUUUAAUGAUACAGAAGUUCAGAAAGUGGACUUCACAUGGUACGGAGCUGAGCAGUAUCCUCAGACAGUGGCUCUUCCUUAUCCAAAGGCUGGCUCUGCCCUUACCAAGGUGAAACUGUUUGUGGUUGAUACCACAAAUGCCAUCCCCCUCACACAGGUGCUCCCCCCUGCGUCCAUCGCUUCUGGCGAUCACUUGUUGUGCUCAGUGACCUGGGUCACAGAUGAACGCGUCGCUGUGCAGUGGGUCACAAGACAACAGAAUCACCUGGUUGUACAGAUUUAUGACUUUGAUGGAAGCAGCUGGCAAGAAAAACAGAAUUUUGAGCAAAGGAGCAAGACGGGAUGGGUCGGACAUUACGUGCCCUUACCUCUUUUCUUUGCUGAUGAUAAACUCAGUUUCUACAAAGUGAUGAGUGACACUCAGGGCUACAAACACAUUCAUUAUGUGAAAGAUGGCAAGGCAGCACCUAUCACCUCAGGGAAGUGGGAAGUCAUCUACAUAACCAAAUUAACCAAAGAUGCCAUAUAUUUUAUGAGCAAUGAAUACCAAGGAAAACCCAUAAAGACCGAUCUGUACAAGAUCACGAUUGGAAGCAGCCACUCUGCCCCUCAGUGUCUCACCUGCGACCUGCGUAAGGACAGGUGUCAGCACAACGCCGCUUACUUCAGCACUGACGCCUCUUUCUACCGAAUAGACUGCUACGGACCUGGAUUGCCCCUCUACACACUCGUGGACAACAGGGGCUCAACUGCAGGUGCAGAGCUCUCCGUUCUUGAAGAGAAUAAGGAACUGGAAAAUGUUCUUUCACAAUUCCAACUGCCAACAAUGCAGCAUGGCACCAUAAGGGUUGCAGGAUUUGAUCUUUGGUAUGAAAUGAUGUUACCACCAAAUUUCAAGAAGUCUAAAAAAUAUCCUCUUCUUAUUUAUGUGUACGGGGGCCCCUGUAGUCAGGAGGUGAACCUGCGUUACAGGCUGAACUGGGGCACAUAUCUCUCCAGUUCACACGGGAUCAUCGUCGCCAAGUUUGAUGGAAGAGGAAGUGGUUACCAAGGUGAUGAAAUAAUGCAUGCAAUCUACAAACGCCUUGGGACAUACGAAGUGGAGGAUCAGAUAUCAGCUGUGAGGAAAUUCAUAGACAUGGGUUUCAUUGACAAAGACAGGAUAGCAAUGUGGGGCUGGUCAUAUGGUGGCUACGUCACCUCAAUGGCAUUGGGUGCUGGAACUGGACUCUUCAAGUGUGGAAUAGCAGUUGCCCCAGUAGCCAAGUGGGAAUAUUAUGAUGCAGUGUACACUGAGCGCUACAUGGGAACACCCACAGAGAAUUCAGACGCUUACAAAAAUUCCUCAGUGACAUCCAGAGCAAGGAACUUCAAAUCAGUAGACUUUCUAUUGGUCCACGGAACAGCAGAUGACAAUGUCCAUUUCCAGCAGGCAGCGCAGAUCUCCAAAGCUCUGGUGGACGAGCAAGUGGACUUUGAGACAAUGUGGUACACGGACAAGGACCACUCUCUCUCUGGAUCAGCCUUUCGUCAUGUGUACACCCUGAUGAGCCACUUCCUGCAGAAAUGCCUCGUUAAUCCCAAAUAAUGUGAUUUAUAAUGAGCAUUACCACAGUUUGUUUCUAAUUUGUGCAUUUUUUUGGUUUGUUUUACUGAUAUUCUGAAGUGAACUCUGUACAUUUGUCUUUUUCUGUGCAAUGGAUGUUCGAUUGCUCGUACAAAUGAGUAUUUGUAUUUUGUGUGGAAAUAUGAAACAUCUGUUAAAAUAUACUAAAAAGCCAUUGCAUGCAUUUAUGCUUGAAAGCUUCUUUUUUUAUUUGAAUAUGAUAUCAUAGAAUAGAUCAAUUUCACUGCACUGAUUUGUUGUGUGAGUGUUAUAAUUUGUGUUAUAGUCAUGUUCUGAUGAAUAAACAUUGUUUU